AUGGCGUUCGCCAGCAGGGUUGGGCUAAGUCUACAAAAUGCGGCGUCGCAUGGCUUGUCAAUGAGAAGGGCAUCUGGAGCUGCAAGAUGCUUUUCUUCCGUGCUCCAGCAUUCUAGCUCAAAUAAUGCGACAAGAUUGCGCCAUCUUGGCUCAAGGAGUUACACACAAACAACUCCCGAGAAACCUGCUGACGCUGCCGCAACAACGGAGAGCGCUGUCGAAGGUGUAUCCUCCUUCUCGCUGCCGGACUCACCCGUGGAAGGCGCUGCCUUCGUGUCAGAUGCCGCUCCCGACCUUUCAGACACCAUUAUUUCAAAUGUCCUUCCAGCGCUACAAUACGGAGACUUUGCUGCCCUUGGCCUGUCUUCUUGGUCUCCCAUUGGACUCGUUGCGUGGACUUACGAGGUUAUCAACGUUACCACUGGCCUCCCAUGGUUCUGGACUAUCGUGGCAGGUUCCACCGUCUGCAGACUCUUCUGCCUUCCUUUCGCGAUUAGGGCCGCGCGGGCCAGUGCUCGAAUGCGUGGGAUUCAAACGGAAAUGACGAAGGUGAGGGAGAAGAUUGGAACGGCCGCAAAAACGGGGGAUCCAGUCGCCCAACAGCGAGCUACGCUCGAGAUGCAAGCUCUUUACUCGAAGGCGGGUGUGAAGAUUAUGAGGGACAUGAUUGUCCCUGCUGUUGUUCAGGUUCCGGUCGCUAUUGGGAUGUUCUUUGCCACCAAAAGGAUGUGCGAGCUUCCAGUUGCGCAGUUGAAGGACAGUGGGUUCAGCUUGCUCCCCGACCUUACCGUUGCCGACCCCACCAUGAUUCUUCCUAUUGCGCUUUGUGCUGUGGUCAAUGUCCAGAUUUCGCUUGGCGGGAAAGACAUCAACGCGAAAGAUGUACCAGAUAUGGGUCACUACAUGAAUUGCUUCCGCGGACUCUCCGUCUUAGGCAUGUUUUUUAUGCAUUCCCUCCCAAGUGGUCUUUUCGUGGCCAUGCUUACAACUAGCAUUCUAACCGGGGUUCAAUCCGUGAUUCUCCGCAAGCCGGCGGUUCGCCAAGCACUAAAUAUUCCGCUCAUUCCAAAACACGAGGAAGGGAGAAUACCACCACUCCGCGACACCGGCCGCUGGAUAGUCUCUAAGAUUAAAGAGAACUUAGUGUUGGCCAAGUCCAACUCGGUACCAAGGAAGCGGCUGUAG